AAUUGUUUCAUCUUAUUUUCUGUUUGUUUCUCGGGAAAAUGAUGGUGGGCAUGGCCAGUUGGGUUUGUUUGUUUUAUUUCUUCUUGUUGGUGCUUCUUAGUUUCGUUCAUGGGGAUAUUGGUGGUGGUGGCUGGUUUGAUGCUCAUGCAACUUUCUAUGGAGCUGAUCAAAACCCUAAUACUCUUGGAGGAGCGUGUGGUUACGACAACACAUUCCACGCCGGAUUCGGAGUAAACACGGCGGCGCUGAGCGGCGCACUUUUCAGAGCAGGAGAGGCGUGCGGCGCUUGCUUCCUAGUAAUCUGCAACUAUAAGCUCGACCCCAAGUGGUGCCUCCGCCGCCGCGCCGUCGCCGUCACCGCCACUAACUUCUGCCCCUCCAAUAACAACGGCGGCGCGUGCGACCCCCCUCGCUCCCAUUUCGAUAUGUCGUCCCCGGCCUUCCUUAACAUUGCUCGUCAAGGCAACGAAGGCAUCGUACCCGUCCUUUACAAGAGGGUGAGUUGCAGGAGAAAGGGAGGGGUUCGAUUCACAUUGAGAGGGCAAUCGAACUUCAACAUGGUGAUGAUAUCGAAUAUUGGUGGGAGUGGGGAGCUAAAGAGUGCAUGGAUAAAGGGGUCGGGGUGGAGGACAUGGACGCCCAUGCACCGCAACUGGGGAGCGAACUGGCAAGCCAACGUCGACCUUCGAAACCAGAGAAUGUCGUUUAAGCUCACUCUGGUUGAUGGAAAAACAAUGGAGUUUGUCAAUGUGGUUCCUUCCUCUUGGAGAUUUGGGCAGACAUUUUCUUCCAUGUUUCAGUUCCCUUAAAUCUUUAACGAUAACAUUCUUUCUUAUAACUUGUUAUCUUUUACAUAUUGUUUUAUGUUUUGUUGCUACUUUUAUGAUAAGUUUGUGAAAAUUGAAUUCAA